AUGGCAGACUUAGUCACUCCUUCUUUUGGGAAGUUAGUCGCAUCCAAAACUCUUGAUGGCCAUACUGGCUUCAUUUGGGAUGUGGCUCUUUCCGGCAAUAGCCAAAUCCUCGCCUCAGUCUCCAAUGACAUGAUGAUCCGUUUAUGGAACGCCAACACCGGUCUCCAGCGCGGCGCCGCAAAAGACAACGGCCAUUCCAACUGGGUACGCUCUGUGAGAUUUUCCCCCACAGGCCGAUUCUUAGCCACUGCCUCCGAUGAUAUGACCAUUCGCAUCAGCGACGUGAACACCGGGUUCACCUACCGCAUGCUGCAGGGCCACACUGCCUCAGAUGAUUUCACUGUACGACUAUGGAAUGCAAACUCGGGUUCGCUGCUCAAAACCCUCAAUGGGCACUCGGGUUGGGUGCGCGCUGUGGCCUUUUCGCCUGAUGGAAGAACUGUCGCUUCAACCUCGGACGAUAAUACAAUUCGCAUCUGGGACACAACCACCGGCAAUGAAAUCCAUCAACUAAGCGGCCAUCACUCCUCAAUCAGAGCCGUCUGCUUCUCUCCUAAUGGGAAGCUGCUGGCGUCGGGAUCGCAAGACAAGGACCUGCGCAUCUGGGAUACGGCUUCUGGCGCCAUGCUCAACGUCCUCCGGGGACACUCUGGACCUCUGCGCGUGAUCACAUUCUGUACCGAUGGGAACCUGCUGGCAUCAGCGGCCGAUGACCUGACAAUCCGCGUAUGGGCUGUGCCAUUGGAGUUUGCUUGCGUCCGAGUCUUAACGGGCUAUUCUGGGUGGGUUCGGGCCAUGACUUUAUCGUGCGACGAGAAAAUGGCGGUUUACACAUCUGAUGACAUGACUAUCAAAGUCUGGAACUCGGCGUGA